AUGACCGGGUUCGCACGUUAUGUGCAAAGAGGCCUCACAGCAUUCGACAUGGCUGACCACUACGGUGACGCAGAAAUAAUAUUUGGUGGUUUUCGCUCGGCCUACCCCUAUCAAGACGCCCUUUUUACAGCUACCAAAUACUGCGUCUUUCAUCCAAUGACCGUCACUCGUGAAACAGUACAAGUUAAUGUGACUGAAAGGUGCCAACGGUUGCGAGUAAACAAAGUGGAUCUCUUACAGUUCCACUGGCAGUUUUAUGAAGACAGCCAAUACUUGGACGUGGCAAAAUUCCUGCAAGAAGACGAAAGGGUUGGCAUGUUGGGGCUAUGUAAUUUCGAUACCAAACAUAUGCAACGAGUGAUUGAUAGCGGCGUGACCGUAUAUUCGAACCAAGUACAGUUUUCUUUAGUCGACUCUCGACCAACGGUUAGAAUGGGCGAGACUUGCACUACGCACAAUGUCAAAUUGUUGACUUAUGGCACUUUGUGUGGUGAUUUCCUAGCCGAAACGAAAAGUGGCUCAAACAACCAGAGCCUGAUCUGUAUGUACUACACAAUGAUCCGAAGCUGGGGUGGCUGGGAAUUGUUCCAGAGUUUACUUUAUACUCUGAAGUUGAUCGGCACCAAGCAUAAUGUAUCGAUCUCGAACAUCGCGACCCGAUGGGUGUUGGACUUUUCCUAUGUUGGGGCAGUCAUAGUUGGCUCACGCAUGGGUAUUAGCGAGCAUGUCGAGGAGAAACUGGCUACUUUUGGUUGGUCGUUGGACAGUCAGGAUCAGGAAGCUAUUGAAGAUGUCUUGAAAAAGGGCCGGAGAACAGAAAUGUUCCAGUCAAUGGGAGACUGUGGAGGCGAGUAUCGGUAG